AUGGUUUCUGCUCUGUCAGCUUGGUCUGAGAGGCUGGUAGAAUGUUCCAGCGGUGACGUCACGGCGCAUUGCUCCUUGCUGCGCUCUGAUUGGACGAACUCUGGAGAAGCAGCUAGAAACAAAAUAGCUGCCAAGAACUCCUUGGAGUCCUACGCUUUCAGCAUGAAGAGCAGCGUGGAGGACGAGAGCUUGAAGGGCAAAAUCAGCGAGGAGGACAAGAAGAAGGUGAUAGACAAGUGUAAAGAGACCAUCAGCUGGCUGGAGAACAACCAGCUGGCCGACAAAGACGAGUACCAACACCAGCAGAGAGAGCUGGAGAAGGUCUGCAACCCCAUCAUCAGCAAGCUGUAUCAGGGAGGGAUGCCCACUGGUACCUGUAGACAGGAGGCAGGAGCCCACAACCAGGGGCCCACUAUUGAAGAGGUGGACUGAAGGGGCCCUUCAUGUGGAUUUAUCUCCUGGACUGUUUACAGGUUCUAUUCAGAAUAAACACUUGGUUGUUUCCAUGUCCCCCUUGUAAAUAUCUCAGCUCUGUUUAAGGUUGCCUACCUACAUUUUUUUUUUUUACAACUAAUACCACUCA